CUAGUUGUUAAACAUGCUAUCGCCUGUUAAUGCUGUAAUUGCGCCUAUGCGUUCCGGGGGUCCUAGAAAGUCCUCUGUGCGCUGCAAAUACCCGUUCCUCAACCCGAAGAGCCUCUUUGCAAAGCCAAGACAUUGUGAUCAUUUGUAGCCUUAUGUUAUGAUAUACCAUAUACGAGUUAAGGCUUCAAGUUUCAGGUCCGAGAGGCAGCGGCAUUUACAGACAUGUGGGGAGCGUAGCACAUAACAGAGGCACGGAGCUGAGGCGUCGUCGAGAAUGGCGACGAACAUGGAUGAAGAAGUCAAUGUUCAGCAGCUGAAGCUGCUGAAACGCAUCUUCGAGGAGGCGGACGAGGACGGCAGUGGCGAGCUGGACAUUGACGAGUUCUGCGACAAGCUGGGCCCCUACCUGGGGGACGUAGUGGGCUACCCUCUCAAGACGCGUGAGGACGUGCGGCAGUUGUUCAUGAAGAUUGAUGCGGAUGCGGGAGGCACCGUGGACUGGGACGAGUUCACCAACUUCAUGUUCCUGCAGCGGGCCGAGAUGGCGGGCGAGACGGCGGCGGAGAACUGGCGGCUGUUCCCGCAGGACUUCCGGGACCGCAACGACACCUCCGUCGCACACAAGGGCCUGGUGGACCGCAUCCUGUACGUGGACUUCCUGGACAAGUACGUGACGGCGGGGCGCGACGGCACCUUCCGCCUGUGGAACGGCGGCGACUGCAGGCACUUCAAGACGCUCAGCAUCAACAGCAGCUGGAUCACGGACGGCAUCUUCAUGCCGCGCACCCGCAAGCUGGUGUUCACCAGCGCCGACAGAGCCAUCUCCUACUACGACGCCAACCGCGGCUCCUUCGAGCUCACGGGCCGCAUAUCAGCCUCAGGCUCCAUGGGCGUGCCCCAGUGCAUGACGCUGGUGACCAACGACGCGGGCGAGCAGCUGGUGUACGGCGACAGCAAGGGCGCGGUGGUGAUGCUGCUGUGCGGCAGCCGGGAGUGGCCGCCGCGGGACCUCAUCAGCACAGACGAACACCAGGACUACAUCUACAUUCACCAGGACCACACCGACUGGGUCAGCCAGCUCAAGUGGGUGCCUGAGAUCGGUCUGGUGAGCUCCAGCCUGGACAGCUCCAUCAAGGUGUACGACUUCGUGCGCGAGCGGGUCAUCAACACAUGCACACACCACGUCAAGGCGGUGCACGGAUUCGUGUGGUGCAGGGCCUACUCCAUGUUUGCCAGCUGCGGCCAGGAGCGCGACGUGGUGCUGUGGCAGGGCAACACCAUGCGCAAGGUGGGCGACCUGACCGGCCACACCGCCAGUGUGACCCAGAUAGCACUGGACGAGCGGCUCAACCACGUGUUCACUCUGGCGGCGGACAAGGUCAUCAAGGUGUGGGACCUGCGCAACCACAAGUGCCUGCAGACCCUGACGGAGGACGACUGGCGCCGCCCCGAGGAAGCCAAGCCCAACUGCCUCUUCUACGACGCCGCGCACCGCCGCUGCCUCACCGGCGUCAACAAGCCCUACGUGUGGGUGCACAAGAUGGUGGCGCAGGACCGCACUGGCCACAUGGAGCCGGUCAAGGCCGCGCUGUACAACAGUGUGUUCGGGGUGGUGGUCACGGCGGACGAGGGAGGCACCGUGUGCGUGUGGAACACAGCCAACGGCCAGAGGGAGGGCCGCUUCACUCGUGCGCACGGCGACGCCCGGCUGACCGCCGCCUGCUUCGACCACAACGAGCGGCGGCUGCUGACGGCGGCGGGGGACGGCUCCGUGCGCAUGACCAACUUCAACAACGGCUCCCUACUGAGGCAGUACCAACACGACGAGGAGCCGCUGGAGGUGUCUGUGGUGGUGUACGCGGCGGACGAGAAGCGCAACGCCGACGCCGUGUAUGCGGCGGGGUGGAACUGCAAGGUGUUCGUGUGGGACGACGCAGACACAGUCAGCGGAGUGGUGGACGAGUACCGCACCUUCGAGGGCCACCGCGAGGACGUGACCGCCAUGGCCGCACUCAAGGAGCGGCAGCUGCUGGCCACUGGCGACUACGAAGGACGCAUCAACGUCUUCCACCUGUUCACGGGCGAGAAGCGCACCUCGCUGUUCCACCGCUCUGAGCGCUACGAGUCGUCGGUGGAGAAGCUGUGCUGGGUCCUGCCGCCGCCCGCACUGCACGGGGGAGCAGCGGGGGCGGGGGCGGGUGCGGCAGCCAGGGUGGCACGAGGGGCCGCAGGAGCGGGGGCCGGGGCCGGGGCGGCGGGUGGGCGGGUGGCGGUGGGCACUCCGGACUCCGGGUACGGGUCGCUGAGCGGCACUGCCAAUGGCGGCGGCGGCAACGGCGGCGCGCCCGGCUCUGCGGCUGGCGGCGGGCGGCCGGGCUGCCCCUGCCUGCUCAUCUCGUUUGGCGGCGACGGCUUGAUGCGGGUGUGGCUCAUCGGCGCUACAGGCAAGCUGCUGGCCACGCUGCCCGCCGCCCAGGGCCGGCUGGACGUGGUGUCUGCCGCCGCCGCCUCGCCCGAGCACGACCACCUGGUGGCGGGCGACACGGCCGGCCACCUGCGCGUGUGGGACCUGCGGGCGGGGGUGGACGUCAGCAGCAUGCAGGCCUGCCGCGACUCGUUCAAGCCGCGGGCGCACUGGCUGGCGCACGGGGCCGGCAUCAACAGCGUGGCCAUCGUGCCGGAGCGCGGCAUCAUCGUGGCCGCCUCCAAGGACUGCAACGCCUCGCUGUGGGACCUGGAUGGGUGCCUGGUGGGUAUCCUGGGCGAGCACAGCUGGACCCUGGACAAGCGCAAGACCUGGGUGGACCCGCGCGGGGAGGCGCGCAAGCCGCCGCUGGCCGAGAACGCCAACCUCUACCUGGCGUCCGCGUCGGCGGCGGAGGCAGGCGGCGAGGCGGGCGAGGAGGGCCAGGCGGCAGGCGGCGUGCAGGGGGAGGGGUCGCGGCGUGACGCGGUCGGCGAGGUGGGCGAGGGCGCAGCGGUGCUGGCGGCUGCGGCUGCGGGCGAGGAGGAGGUGGCGCGCGACUACAGCGCCAUGCAGCGGGCGGCGCUCAAGCUGGAGGAGAAGAAGGUGCGGCAGCGGGAGGCGGAGCGCGCCCUGCCGCUGGGCACCCACUCGCUGCUGCGGGUGCACAAGCUGCAGGAGGUGCCCUCCUCCGCGCGGGAGCUGCUGGGCGCGGACAGCCGCAGCCGCGGCGGCCGGGCCGGCGGUGGAGGCGGUGGAGGCGGGGGCCGGGGCGGAGGCGGGGGCAUCCAGUUUGGGUCCCGACUCACAAGCAGCAAGUAGAGAGCGAGUGCAUGUGUAUUGCGUGUGCGUGGGCAGACGUGUAGGGGGCGACAAGCAAAUCUUGCAUGUGUGGGGUAAGGCCGCGCGUGCGCGUCGGUGUGAUGUGGCGUCAUGGGGCGGCGUGCGGGUGUGCCGCAACGUCGCCACCCCGCAGGUGACACCUAGUGCAAGCAAGGGCAGAGGGUGGUGAGAGGCGAGUUCCCGUUGUGAUGGCUGCAAUCCCGGCCCACAAAUCCCACCAGGGUUGCCUAGUACGCGACCCUCUCUCCAUAAUACGCGUAUUAAUACAGCGUACUAGGAUUUCUAGUACAGUACGUUAAAAUACGGUGCAUAAUACGCUGGGCCAGGAAAUCCGGGGGAAAAGCCGAUGCAAACACGACACGCGUGCCCGCACCAUGCCCGAAUCGGUGUGAAUUUGGAUUUGCGCGGCCAUAGUCUUCUAGCGGAAUUCCCUUCAACUGACUAUACUCAUAUUUUUAUAAGAAAACACAGCUGCAGUGCGGAGAGCAGCCAUGGUUCGCGAACUUCGACGGAC